CGGUACACACCUCCCAAAAUUAUUUACGUGUGAUAUCUCAUUUCAACCCUCUUUCCCUUCUCCCCGUUUAUAUCCAAGUCGUGAGGCAUGUUGAACGUGUUUGCAAAGAGCCGUGUGUCGUCAUCUGCGCUGAGAAGUGGUUUACAGUCUAUGCGAACGUCUAGAAUAAUUACUCCAGCCAUGACACGAAGCAACAGCUCUCUGCCAGCUGGCUACAAAGAGGAUAACUCGAAGGGUCCUAUGCUCCGAUUUGAGGAGUCUCUCCCCAAGCUCCCAGUGCCAACUCUAGAGGAGACGGCGGCGCGCUAUGUGAAGUCCGUUCACCCGCUCGUGUCGGCGACCGAGUUCGAGCACACAAAGAAGGUCGUUGCCGAUUUCAUCCAGCCCGGCGGCAUCGGCGAGAAGCUUCAGAAGAAGCUGAUCGCCCGCCGCGAGGACCCCAAGACCGCCAACUGGAUCUACGAGUGGUGGAACGACGCUGCAUACCUCUCAUACCGUGACCCCGUCGUGCCAUACGUUAGCUACUUCUACUCACAUCGCGAUGAUCGCAGGCGGCGCGACCCGUCCAAACGCGCUGCUGCCAUCACCACCUCCGCUCUGGAGUUCAAGAAGCAGGUGGACUUGGGAACUCUCGAGCCGGAGUACAUGAAGAAGCUUCCAAUUUCCAUGGACAGCUACAAGUGGAUGUUCAACUGCAGCCGUGUCGCAGCCAAGCCGGCUGACUAUCCCAUCAAGUUCAACCACGAGGAGCACAAGUACAUCGCUGUGGUCCGCAAGAACCAGUUCUACAAGGUCUUCACUGAGGCCGACGGCCAGCAGCUCAACACUGCUGAGCUCGAGGCUCAGUUCCGCCGCAUCUACGAGAUCGCCGAGACCGUCCCCGCCGUCGGUGCCCUCACCUCCGAGAACCGCGACAUCUGGACCGACGCCCGCGAGGUCCUCCUCAAGGCCCACCCAGCCAACGCUAAGGCUCUGGAGGCCAUUGAGGCCGCCUCUUUCGUCGUCUGCCUUGAUGAUGCCGCACCCGUCACCCUCGAGGAGCGCGCGCACCAGUACUGGCACGGUGAUGGCAAGAACCGCUGGUUCGACAAACCCAUCCAGUUCAUCAUAAACGACAACGGAACCUCCGGCUUCAUGGGCGAGCACAGCAUGAUGGACGGCACCCCCACCCACCGCCUGAACGACUACGUCAACGACGUCAUCUUCAACAACAAGCUCGACUUCUCCGCCACCAACGUGCGCUCCUCCCUCCCCGAGCCCGCCCCCGUCAAGUUCCACGUCACCAAGGAAGUCGCCUCCGAGAUCCACCGCGCCGAGAAGGACUUCGCCGAUGUCAUCGGCCAGCACGAGCUCCGCGUCCAGGCCUACCAGGGCUACGGAAAGGGCCUGAUCAAGAAGUUCAAGUGCUCCCCCGACGCAUACGUGCAGAUGAUCAUCCAGCUCGCGUACUUCAAGAUGUUCGGCAAGAACCGCGGUACCUACGAGUCCGCCGCCACUCGCCGCUUCCAGCUCGGCCGCACCGAGACUACCCGUACUGUGUCUGACGACUCGGUCGCUUUCUGCAAGGCUAUAAGCAAUGCGGAUAACGACUCCAAGACUACCGUUGAGCUUUUCCGCAAGGCUAUCAACUCCCACCUCGAGUACAUCGCUGCUGCGUCUGACGGGAAGGGUGUCGACCGCCACCUGUUCGGUCUUAAGAAGCUCUUGGCGCCCGGAGAGGAGCUGCCAGCUAUCUACAAGGACCCAGCGUUCUCGUACUCUAGCAAAUGGUUCAUCUCCAGCUCGCAGCUGAGCUCCGAGUACUUCAACGGCUACGGAUGGUCGCAGGUUGUUGAUGACGGAUGGGGAAUCGCCUACAUGAUCAACGAGAACAGCUUGCAAUUCAACGUCGUUUCCAAGGGCCUUGGCAGCGAGAGGAUGAGCUUCUACCUCAACGAGGCGGCUGGUGAUAUCCGCGACCUGAUGCUCCCAACUCUCGAGGCGCCGAAGGCUAAGUUGUAGAUGUGGACUGAAGGGUGCUGGGAGCAGCAAGGUGUAGACGAACGUAGAUGCUGGUGGUGUGAUGUAUAUCCUCACUGCGGGUUUUUUGUAUAUUAUGGUGGAAAGCGUAUGGGAUGAGGGAAUGGGACAAGCAUUAGAUAGCUUAUACAUAAACAUCAUCUAUUCAUUUGACUG